AUGGUCACCCCUGUCCUGCGCCUGGGCAUCCUCGGCGCCACAAACGCCGUCCAAGCCACCUACCUCCCGGUCCUGCAGUCCCUCAAAACACACUUCACCCUCACAGCCAUCUACGACCCCAACGAAGAGGUCGCAAAGCAAUGUCAAUCCCGCUUCGAUAUCACACACAGCACCACAAUCGCCGAGGAUGUCCUUCGCCAUAAAGAAGUGGACGUGGUCCUCAACCUACUCCCAAUGGAAUACCACGAGCAAUACACCGUGAUAGCCCUCGAAGCCGGCAAAAACGUAAUGGUCGAAGUCCCACUCACAAUGAGCGUCCCAAGCCUACGCCGCAUCCGCGACGCAAUCAAAAAGGGCAAAGCCACACGAUCCCUCGACGGCAUCAACGAAUCCGAAGGCCCAAAGGUCUUCGUCGGAUGUGCGCGCCGCUACGCCCCAUGCUUCACAGAAGUCUUCAAGAAGGAGCUCGCCAAUAUAGGCCGGGUGUACUACGCGCGCUGUCGACACAUCGCCGGUCCCAUGAACAGCAUCCGGUCACCAUCAUCGAAGGAUAUUAUCCCGCCGAUGAAAGCACAAAAUAACCCGGAACAGUUCCGCGCGCUGCUGGAAGAUGUCUUCGGGACUGAGGACGAGCUCACUCCGGACAGGAUAGCCUUUUGUCGGUACCUGGGAAUGCUGGGUUGUCAUGAUCUUUCGGUGAUGCGUGAGUCCCUGGGUUUCCCAGAUGCAGUGUCGAACGUCGCAAUCACAGAUCCUUUCUACUCUGCUAUCUUCCACUACACGAAUUCCGAGAAGGGCGAUAAACACCCGUUCACCCUGCUUUACGAGGCGGGCGUUGAUGCCAUUCCCCGAUGUGAUGCUCAUUUAACCGUUUAUGGAGCGCAUAAGACCCUCACCGUUGAAUACGAUUUCCCUCGUCCAGGUGAGAAGAUCAGCACGGGCACUUAUGUGCGGGUUAUCGUUGAGGAAGCGGAUGAGAACGUGGAUGUUGAUAAGGUUAAUGACAACCAGAUCAACGAGACGGAGAAUGCUGUCCCCCAUCCCCGAGUGAAGAGGACUGAGACUGUUAGUACCUGCGACGAGGCAUAUGAGCACGAAUUCUUGGCUCUGCAUUCGUAUCUCGUUGGUGGGCAAUUGGCGGCGAAGACGACGACUGAGGAUGCUGUGAUGGAUCUGAGACUGCUGCUCAUGAUCUUUGAGCAAUAUAACCGGCAAUGUGGUACCAUCAGCACUCCACUGGGUUGA